AGCCCUCCAGAAAUGGAAGUAGUCGAGUUAAGUGGCCUAUGUGACACAAAGACAAAUAAGGCUAACAAAGCAGGCUGUGCCACUUUUGAAUUCAAGAUGUCAACUUUCACCAGAACAGACCAAAAGAUUAUAACGGAUAAGCUGGAAGUCAGUGCUACAGCGUAUGAGGAUGGGACAGGUAUUUCAAGCAUACAGAAGACGAACAUAAGACUCACGUAUAAAAUUGGAAGUCUGUCUUUUGUUGACACUCCCUUGUUUUAUGCCCAAGGAUCAGACCUAGAAGGAAAAGUUAAAGCUGUUUACCACAAUGAUACGCCCAUUCCUGACAUGCCGUUGUACUUGUUUGGGAGGGGAAUGCGGCUGCAGAAUCUCACUACUGACAGCAAUGGAGUGGCCACAUUUUCAUUAAGUACAAAUGAAUUCAGGGGGCAUAUGGAACUCCAUGUGGACAACACACCAAUGCUGGAACACCCUGGAUACAGAAAUACUUUACAUAAGGGUAACUGGCCUACACUGUCAGAAUCCCUCCUCCUCCACCCUUCCCCCAAUAAGAAAACAGUCAGUUCUCUGGAGGUGAAGACUAAUUAUGAACGACUUCCUUGUGGCAAAGAAGAGGACAUCUCCAUCAGAUACACUGAAGUGAAAGAAGAACAGGGCACUGUUCAUGUGAUGUACCUGGUCUUAUCCAGAGGAGCCAUCAUCAUGCAAGGACAAAAACAGUUCCAAGUUCAAGAUAAUCAAAUGAAUGAAGGAGAAGUGUCAUUCAAGUUGAAAGUAUCCCCAGACAUGGCUCCGGAGUUCCAGGUUGUGGCUUAUGCCAUCCUCCCCAGCAUGAAUGUGAUUGCUCACAAGGCCGACUUCUUUACUGAGAAGUGCUUCAAGAAUAAGGUGUCGCUGGAGUUUUCCCGAUCGUCAGCUGUCCCAGGAGAGCAAACCAAAAUGCAGCUGACAGCUCAGCCAGACUCUCUGUGUGGUUUAAGUGCCAUUGACCAGAGCGUUCUCAUCAAGGAGCCUGGGAAGACACUAAAUGUAGAGAAGAUAUUUAACAUGCCACAUGUCAGGAGGGUGUCUAUCCCGUAUGAGAUUCGAGAACCCAUAGAGUGUUUACACGUGAGACCAAAAACAUCCGUUUUGCCAUAUCCAUAUCCUGAAGACGACACAAAUGCUGCCCAAAGCGUUUUUGACAAUGUAGGACUGAAGAUGGCUACAAACUUGAUCUUAAAGCUGCCCAUAUGCCUCAAAUUCAUGGGAAAAGAAUACAAUAGAGAUCUACAUGGUGUUUAUGGUGUUCAUGGAGUACUUGUCCCAAUGGAACGAUCUCCAGGUAGACCUGGUUCUGGUCAAACAUUCUCUCCUAUGGAUGCUGAACCAAUAGAAAAAGUCCGCUCUUUCUUCCCUGAGACUUGGAUAUGGGACCUGGUGCAAGUCGGAGAGUCUGGAAAGAAGAAUGUGUCCUUCACCGUCCCAGACACCAUCACCACCUGGGAGACAGAGACUUUCUGUUUGUCCCCUCAAGGCUUCGGAUUGGCUCCUCAUUCGAAGCUUACCGUCUUCCAGCCCUUCUUCCUCGAGCUCACGCUGCCCUACUCCAUCGUCCGGGGGGAGAACUUUGAACUGAAGGCGACUGUUUUCAACUACCUGACCAGCUGCAUUGUGGUGAAAGUGACUGCAGCCCCUUCCUCAGAUUACACCCUCACUCCCCUCUCUGGUGACCAGUACACAUCCUGCCUGUGUGGCAGCGAGCGUAAGACCCUUAGCUGGACCAUGAUUCCCACAGCCUUGGGGGUUGUGAAUGUGACUGUGACUGCUGAGGCUGUACCGUCCCAUGCUUCUUGUGACAAUGGGAUUGUCAGUGUCCCAGAACGAGGACGCAUCGAUGUGGUCACACGAUCUCUCAGAGUAAAGGCUGAAGGAACUGAGAUCACGAAGACACACAACUGGCAUCUCUGUCCUAAAGGAAGCACUUUGAAAAAGGAAAUGGAGAUGCAACUGCCCGAAAAUGUGAUUGAUGGAUCUGCCCGUGCUACAGUGUCAGUGCUGGGCGACAUUCUCGGCCGGGCUCUGCAUAACUUGACUGGACUGCUACAGAUGCCUUAUGGAUGUGGGGAGGAGAACAUGGUUCUUCUGGCCCCUAACAUCUACAUCCUCCAUUACCUACAAAGCACACAGCAGCUGACCCCAGCCAUCAAAGAGAAAGCAUCCAACUUCCUGACCAGUGGUUACCAGAGACAGCUGAACUACAAAAAUCAUCAAGGGGGAUACAACACGUUUGGAUAUGGACCAGGAAACACCUGGUUGACUGCCUUUGUACUGAGAUCUUUUUACAAAGCUCAGUUGUUUGUCUACAUUGACCCAACAAAGAUUGAAGAGUCAAAGAGCUGGUUGGUACAAAAACAAAAUCGAAGUGGAUGCUUUGAACAGUCUGGGAAACACUUCAACAACAGAAUGAAGGGUGGUGUGUCUGAUGAAAUAACACUGAGUGCCUACAUCACUUCUGCCUUCUUGGAAAUGAAUAUAUCUACAGACGAUGCUGUGGUGAAUAAGAGCCUGAUGUGCCUCAAAGAAUCCAUCAGUGGCCUCAGUAACACCUACACUUCAGCUCUGCUGGCGUACGUCUUCUCACUGGCAGGAGACAUGGAGACCCGUGCUCACCUUCUGAAGCACCUUGACACAGUGGCUAUAAAAGAAGGAGAUUCCAUCCACUGGUCUCAGACAGCAACAGAAACAUCUGACUCUUUGUCAGUGGAAAUCAGUUCUUAUGUACUGAUGGCCAAACUCAGUGCCCCCUUCUCUGCUGAGGACCUGGGCUACACAACAAGCAUUUUUAGGUGGCUGACUCGGCAGCAGAAUCAUUACGGAGGCUUUGCCUCCACUCAGGACACGGUGGUGGCUCUUCAGGCUCUGGCUCUUUACUCCACUGUGGUGUUCAGUUCAGAGGGUUCGAGCAUGGUAACUGUUUGGUCUCCUAGUGGUCAGCUGACAUUUGAUUGGAAUCCAGUCAACAAACUUCUCUACCAGGAGGUGAUGCUGCAGGACGUAAGAGGAAAGUUCAGCCUGGAGAUGAAGGGCUCUGCAUGUGCUUCAGUACAGAUUUCUCAACAUUACAACAUCCCAACCACCCCUGAUAUCACCACUCUGAGUGUGAAGGGGGAACCAGAGGCCGACUGUACCAGCAAGUCUCACAGACCCAGACUCACUCUGAAGCUUCAGUCUCUAUACAGUGGAAAGGAGAGCAGUACAAACAUGGUGAUCUUGGACAUCAAAAGUUUGUCUGGAUUUGUUCCAGACCCAGAGUCUCUGAAGCAACUUAAAAGUGCUCAGUUGGUGGAUCGUGUGGAACAAAAGGAGGAUCAUGUUCUGGUGUAUUUACAGGAGUUAACGACUGGAACAGCCUUCAACCACAGUUUAGAACUGGUACAGGAACUCCCAGUGCAGAACCUGAAGCCAGCCGUGGUCAAGAUCUAUGACUAUUACCAGCCAAGUGAUCAGGCUGAGAUUGAAUACAUCUACCCUUGUGCAGCAGGCAGUAGUCUGUGAUGGGACUGAGCAACACACUGAA